AUGGCUGCAAUUCAAAUUGUAUAGAACUGGAUUGAAUCAGAAACAGACACCAGUGGAACAUAUUUUCAACCCUGCCUAAAUUGCGGCUAUGAACUUGCGAUAAAAAAGGAUCCCCUUUAUUGUUUGAAAAGUGAUCUCUAUAAAAUUUUUCAUCCACAGAUUGUUUUGGAGGAUAGUUAUGUUUUUCGAGAUUAUGGAGGAAAUGAUUUAGCUAGAAUUAUUAUUAAAAACUAAAUGUUCGAUGUCAGUCCUAACUUUACUCAAUCAGGCCCAAUUUAAGAAGACGAUUAUUUUAACUUAGAUAUACGAGCAUCUGUCAUUUACCCUUACUCAAAAACAUAUUUGAGAACUCAUAUUUUAGGAAAAGAAGCAGGAUGCUUGUUUUAGAAAUAUAUGCAUAUACCAGGGCAAGAAGAAUUAGCUCUAAAAUCAUUAUAAUCUUUGAACUUAAGAAGUUAUUUAAUUUAGUUGAGUUAAGUUAAUGCAUCCAUAGAAUGUAUAAAUGAAGCAACUUUUUAGAAAAAAUCUUACAGAAUGUGGGAGUAAGAUGAAUGCUAAUAGCUUUUUUCAAUUAUUAACUCAUUAGAAUAUUAAAAUAAAUUGUAAUUGGAAGGACUAUAAUUUAUUUAUAAAACUAAUAAACAUUUAGGAAGAGGAGUCUUACUUGUUGAUAAAGAAAAUGAAUAACUAAUAAGAAAAUAAUAUAAUAAUGGGACGUUUUGUGGUAAAAAUAAUUAAAAUGUCAUAAUUCAAGAAUACAUAAAAAAUCCAUAUCUGUUUAAGGGACAUAAAAUGGAGUUUCGAUCAUAUUUUUAAAUAGCCUCAACUAAUCCUCCAAUUUUAUUUGGAUAUAAAAAAGCUUUAAUUAAGCAAUGUGCUUUAAAAUUUAAUUUAACAGAUUUUUCAAAAGAAGCUCAUGUUUGUAAUACAGCAAUCACAAAAUCUCUUAAGGAAGACAUUAAAUAGCAAAAUAAUGAAUAUUAUAUUGACUGGAAUUUAGAAGAAUUACAAGAUCUUCUAUUAUAAGAUGGAUUAAUCAUUUCAACAGAUUGGUUAAAUGAAUAUCUUAUGCCGCAAAUUUAACUCAAAUUAUUUCACCUUUUUAAUUCUGUUUAAAAUAAACUUUUUAAAGAUAGCCGAGUGGGAGAAUUUUUUGGAGUUGAUUUCAUUUUAGAUUAAAAUUUGGAACUUUGGAUUUUUGAAUGUAAUAGAAAUCCGAACUUUUUGGUUGUGACAGAAGGAAGAAAGGAAAAAUUCAAUUAAUUAAUUCCUGAUAUGAUUUAUUUAUAGUUAGAGAUGGUCAGAAAUAGAUUCAUAAGAAUAUCAUAAUUUUUAAAAUAAAAGUUAAUUCCUUCUAUUAGGCAAAAGUCUUUAUUAGAAUAAUAGGAAUUAUUAAAGCAUGAAUUUCUGAUUAAUUAUCAAGAUAGUUUCUAAAAUUAAUCUUAAUUGAAUAUUGAUAAUUAGGCGAUUGAUAUUACUCCAAUAUAAAAUUUUAGCACCUGUUUUAAGGAAUUAGAGAAGAUAAAAAUACUAUAAAAGAAAAAUUAUUGA